UUUAGGGCCAUUAAUUCUGACCACGUGCCUGAGAGGCAAGGUGGAUGGCCCGGGGACAGACGCUGCUCAUCACUAUGUCCCGGGGAGCAGGACGUCCGCAGGGCACGCUGCGGGCUCUCGUCUUCCUCGGCGUCCUAGUGGGCAUGGUGGUGCCCUCUCCCGCGGGCACCCGAGCCAACGGCACGCUGCUAGCCUCGAGGGGCUGGGGCACCCUGCUGUCCAGGUCUCGGGCUGGGCUGGCCGGAGAGAUCGCCGGUGUGAACUGGGAGAGCGGCUACCUGGUGGGAAUCAAGCGGCAGCGGAGACUGUACUGCAACGUGGGCAUCGGCUUCCACCUUCAGGUGCCCCCCGACGGCCGGAUCAGCGGGACUCACGAGGAGAACCCCUACAGCCUGCUGGAGAUUUCCACGGUGGAGCGAGGCGUGGUGAGCCUCUUUGGGGUGAAGAGCGCCCUCUUUGUCGCCAUGAACAGUAAAGGAAAAUUAUAUGCCACGCCCAGCUUCCAAGAAGAGUGUAAGUUCAGAGAGACCCUCCUGCCCAACAACUACAACGCCUACGAGUCGGACCUGUACCGAGGCGCCUACAUCGCACUGAGCAAAUACGGACGGGUGAAGCGGGGCAGCAAGGUGUCCCCCACCAUGACUGUCACGCACUUCCUCCCUAGGAUAUGAGGACCCUGGAGGAAGGCUCACAGGUGGAAAGCAAUGUCUUUUCUGUUGGAAUUUUGCACAAGUGGACAGUGCCCCCUCCCCCUAUGUCUCCUGAGUCGAGCUCCUUCUCUGCUUGGGAGAGGGGGAGA